UUAAGAAAGAACAACACAAAUUAACACACACAAACACACCCCUACGGAAUGAAGUGCAUGAAAUCGGCGUAAAAAUAGAAUUGGGGUCUAAUAAAUAACACAUCCAUUUGAGAUCUUUAUAAAUAUCAUCUUUCCUCUCUUCAUCAACUCCAUCACCUCCUUCAACCCUUUCCCCCCUAACACGCUUAUCAAAUUACUCUCGUUUCUCAACUUACAAUCAUUUCAACAAUCACGCUCAUUCGAUCAGCAAUAAUGCGUUUCUCAAUCUUUGCCGCUUUUUUGUCUUUGGCCUUCUUGGCAAAAGCAUCAGAUAAUCCAGACGAUCCAAAUGGCUCCACCUUUUAUUUGGCAAAACCAGCAUGCAAUUAUUACCGCUGUCAAGUAAAGACUCAUCCAGGAGCCGUCUUACCAAUCGAAUGGCUUAACCCAAUCAAAGGCAAAAUUGACAUCUUUUUCAACCCAGAUGACGGUCAAAAAGGCUUGAAAACAUACACGAUUGCCAAGAAUAUCGGUGCACACAACAACAAAAAUAAAUGUAACGCCGAAGGUCAACAUGGCUGUGGUGCAUUCGAUUGGACUGUUCCCGCAGACGUAAAGCCGGGUAAUUACUCGGUUGAAAUUCAUAGCUUGACAAAAAAGAAGGUAUACGGUUACUCCGACAUCGUCACAGUCACUUCAGGCAAGAAAAAGCGAAGUGCACCAGUUCAGGAGGUAGAAGAGAAACAACCUGAGCAACAUAAAAAUGAAAAAGUACCUGCCGUACACGAAAAGAAGCACAAAAAUGCUACUAAACCCGUGAAGCAUCACGAGCACAAGGAUGCUACUAAACCCGACAAGCAUCAUAAGCACAAGAACGCUACUGAACACAUCAAACAUCACCACAAGGGCAAGAAGGGCAAGGAUGAGCACGCCAAACAUCAUCACAAACAUGAACAUAAGAAGCACAACAGUACAACCGAGAAAGGCAAAAAGCAUCACAAAGAAGCAAACAAGACUCAAACCAGCGAACACAAACGUAAACGUAUGGUUCAAACCGCCUUAUUUUAAGAUUUAGUCAUCUUUGUCCAAUUAUAGAUAUACCUCUAUCCCCUGUAUUCCUGUGAGCUACAGUUUCACCCCCUUUGGGAUCCGUUGUCUGCAUAGUAAGAAGCACACUAAUUCGAUUCAUUCUCAU